AGGAGUCCCUAGCGUCUCGGACGUGGAAAGUGGCUCUGCGGCGGCCUCCUUCUUGUCCCCUCAGCCUGCCCACCCGAGGCCGGGUUCCCAGGUGGCGGCGGCUGCGGCUGGGCCUGUCGCGGAGCGUUCUCUCUGCCCGAGUCCUGGGCCUGGGGGAACCGAGCGGUGAGGGAGUGACGCCCGGCCUGGCCCAGCCCCGGUCCAGCCCCGGCUUUCCCGGGGCCUGUGACGGUGGCCACAGGCCUCGCCGCGCCCACCCCAGCCUGGGGCGGGGCACGACCUCGCCGCCCGCAUCCCCGCCCCUUCUGCCUGCCCAGCGCCUGGUCAUUCCCUUCAGCCCAGCGUAGGCAUAAUCGUCUCGUCCCUCCGGGACCCGGCAGUCCCCUGGCUCCGGCCGCUAGGGAACAUGGAGUUUGCGGAGCUGAUUAAGACCCCACGGGUGGACAAUGUGGUGCUGCACCGGCCUUUCUACCCGGCCGUCGAGGGGACCUUGUGUCUUACUGGCCACCACCUGAUCCUGUCCUCCCGGCAGGACAACACGGAGGAGCUGUGGCUCCUCCAUUCAAACAUUGACGCCAUCGAUAAGCGGUUUGUGGGACCACUGGGUACCAUCAUCAUAAAAUGUAAGGAUUUUCGAAUUAUUCAGUUGGAUAUUCCUGGAAUGGAGGAAUGUUUGAAUAUAGCCAGUUCCAUUGAGGCAUUAUCUACCCUGGACUCCAUCACUCUGAUGUACCCUUUCUUUUACCGGCCCAUGUUUGAAGUGAUAGAAGAUGGCUGGCAUUCUUUCCUUCCUGAGCAAGAGUUUGAACUCUACUCUUCAGCUACCAGUGAAUGGAGGUUAAGCUAUGUCAAUAAGGAAUUUGCUGUUUGCCCCUCUUACCCACCAAUUGUCAUAGUGCCCAAAGCCAUGGAUGAUGAAGCUCUUCGGAAGGUAGCUACGUUUCGACAUGGAGGACGCUUCCCAGUACUCAGCUACUAUCAUAAAAAAAAUGGAAUGGUUAUUAUGCGAAGUGGUCAGCCACUCACUGGCACAAAUGGGAGACGGUGCAAAGAAGAUGAGAAGCUGAUAAAUGCUACCCUCAGGGCAGGAAAGCGUGGCUACAUCAUUGACACCCGACCUCUAAACGUAGCUCAGCAAGCUAGAGCCAAAGGCGGCGGCUUUGAACAAGAAGCUCAUUAUCCCCAGUGGAGGCGGAUUCAUAAGUCCAUUGAGAGGUAUCACAUUCUUCAGGAGAGCUUAAUCAAACUCGUGGAAGCUUGUAAUGACCAAACACAUAACAUGGACCGAUGGCUCAGUAGAUUGGAGGCCUCCAACUGGCUGACUCACAUCAAAGAGAUUCUGACAACUGCCUGUCUGGCAGCUCAGUGUCUUGACAGGGAAGGAGCAUCCAUACUGAUUCAUGGAACAGAAGGAACUGAUUCCACACUCCAGGUUACCUCCCUGGCCCAGAUCAUCUUGGAACCAAGAAGCAGGACCAUCCGGGGCUUUGAGGCCUUGAUAGAGAGAGAGUGGCUUCAGGCUGGUCACCCAUUCCAACAGCGCUGUGCACAGUCGGCCUAUUGUAAUAGUAAGCAGAAGUGGGAGUCGCCUGUAUUUCUUCUCUUCUUGGACUGUGUGUGGCAGAUACUUCGUCAGUUCCCUUGUUCAUUUGAAUUUAAUGAGAAUCUCCUCAUCAUGCUCUUUGAGCAUGCAUAUGCCUCACAGUUUGGAACAUUUCUGGGCAACAAUGAAAGUGAAAGAUGUAAGUUGAAGCUACAGCAGAAAACAAUGUCUCUAUGGUCUUGGGUCAACCGGCCCAGUGAACUGAGUAAGUUCACCAACCCUCUCUUUGAAGCCAACAAUCUUGUCAUCUGGCCUUCGGUUGCUCCACAGAGUCUUCAGCUGUGGGAGGGUAUUUUUCUGCGCUGGAACAGAUCCUCCAAGUAUUUGGAUGAAGCAUAUGAAGAAAUGGUUAACAUCAUUGAAUAUAACAAGGAAUUACAAGCAAAAGUAAAUAUCCUUAGGCGGCAGUUGGCAGAACUGGAGACUGAGGAUGGGAUGCAGGAGAGCCCCUGAAUUCCAGAUCCCCUGCAGCCCUCGGAGGACCAUCCGGACUGGUAUCCCAUCUCUGUCUCCCUUGCCCUUCAGUUCACUUUCACACAGUAGCCUUAAACUUAAGGCUUUAGAUGUGAGAACCUUCUAAUAUAAUGGACUCCUCAAAAAUUUAUGAAUGGAACUUACUAUAAUUAUUCAUGUUUCAUGUGGCCUGUUAGGCCUCUUCACUUUGGGAGCAGGAAGGAGGUGCUAGUCAUUUUAUUUUACAUGAAGCAAGUGACCUAUUUAAUGCCAUUUGUGUAUACACCAUUUCACCCUAAGCUUUUCUCUGCAUCCACUUUCCAAACAGUGCUCCAGACCAGUCAAGAAUAUGAUUAAUCUCUUAGGGAAUAUCUGUUAGUUUAAAAAAAGGAUCAGACUUUGAAUCACUCCAAAUAUAGAAAUAUUUUUCAAACCUGAAAUGGUUGGUAAAGGAAUAAUUUUGUGUUUAACAUGCCAUUUCCAAUAUCUUUGCCACAUAAAAAAGCCAUUCUCUUUAAAAUAGUUUUGGACUGACAGAGCUGAAUUCAUCCUCAUUCUGAUUUGUCAAGAAAGCAAAAGCUGAAUAUUUAUUCAAGGUAAAUUAUUUUUACAAGGGCAACAGCUAUAGUUCUCUGAUAUUUACAUUAAGAGGUAAAUUUAUUGUGACACUAAAAUAUGUGCAAUAUAGAAAUAAAGUAGGGGGCUUCCCUGGUGGUGCAGUGGUUGAGAAUCCGCCUGCCGAUGCAGGGGACACGGGUUCGUGCCCCGGUCUGGGAAGAUCCCACAUGCCGCGGAGCGGUUGGGCCCGUGAGCCAUGGCCGCUGAGCCUGCGCGUCCAGAGCCUGUGCUCUGCAACGGGAGAAGCGACAACAGUGAGAGGCCCGCGUACCACAAAAAAAAAAAAAAAAAAAAAAAAGUAGGAAUUUGUUACUGAUUAAGCUAUCAUUAGUGUGUUGAAUUGGUUUUUCAGGGUUUUGACACAUGUUAAAUGUGUGUCAAAUGCUGGAUGUAACGUUAAACCGUCAUUUAGAAUAGAUGUUAAUUUGUUAUGAUUAAGCUACAUAUACGGUUUCCUUAAACCAGAGAUGCACUGCCCUUGUCUGUAGUUCUUAUUGCACUGGUUUAUGUAUGGAUAUGUGUGUUUUUUUUUUAAAUAUUCUAAGAGUUUACUAAUACUAAGGUUAAAAUUUUCUUAUUGUCUUGAGCCUUUUGAACAUUAUCUUGACUCUGCUGAUUUGUUCAUUAUAUGUUAGGCAAAUAAUAAUUUAAGUGGAGGUGAAAGUUUAUGAACAUGAUGCAGCUAUGUUUUAAACUUCAGAAGCCAAUUUGAAAUGUUUCAAUGUUACAGAAACAAUGAUGCCUAUAUUUAUGUGCUAUGCUGGUUUAUGCCUGCAAUUCUAAAAGUUUGUGGUUUGGUGCUUUCCUUAUACAUUUUUGUUAUGUGGCACAGGUCGUUUUAACAGAUACUGUCAAUUCUAGUUUUCCUUUAAAAGGAUAGUUGAAGGGCAGUCUUUAAUACCAUUUCCAUCCCAUCUAUAUAUAACCAUUUCAUUGUAAAACACACCAAAACAGAACCCUGCUUUAGGGCUAUUAUUGAGUUAAAAUUUUAAUUCUUCAUAAUCGACUGUAGCAAAAUCUGUGUCCACAUUCAGAAGCCUUAGAAAGUGGCAAAUAUUAUCUCCAGUUGCCCAAUUUUUUUUUUCUCCUGUUUCCUUAGACUUGUAGCAAAAGGCUAGACAGCAAUCCACAGUUAGAGCUCUCUUUUGGUAAAUUUGUCUGCUUUCUCCUCAAAGCCCAGUUGUAUUCGUGACCUGUUUUGUUGGCUAUAGUUAUGAAUCUUGGGGCAUUAAAGCCGUCACCUAAAGACUCAUAAGGCAAGGAGCAAAGAAGAUGUACUUUUUUGCUGUAGAUAUCUGUGUGUUGUGUGAAAUGUCUGUAUUAAUUUUUUAAAAGAGGAAACGCCCUAGCAUUUUAUGGAUCCUCAAAAUUGAAGGAGCCUUUUUCUCCUCAGUUAAUGGACCCAUAAGGAAAACCAUAUAGAGAUUUUCUUUUAGUGAUUCUUUAGAAGUGACUCUCACUGGUAAUAUUAAUUGGCCGUAAGGCUUCUGUGGGUGGAAACUUAGGAGGGAUUUUUUAUUAGGCUUGGUCAUGGAGAAAUUGUAUGCCAUCAACUUAUACCUGUCUUCCUGAUGAACAUUUUACAUGUGAGCCAGAGUACAAUAAUAGUAUAGUGUUUCAAUUUCUUUUUCUUUCUCUUAUUGAGACAGCAGUCAUAAGCUGUUUGGACAAGUUUGUGUUUUAGUGUUAAUUUAUAAUUAGGGAUUGUCCAAACCUCAGUUCAGUUUACAGGGUGUAAAAACAAACUUUGGUAUCAGUGCACUUUCAAAGGUGUCAUCUAAUAAGACAAAUACUAAGGUUUCCCCAAACCUGAGAACUCUGUCAAAGACAAGUGCUUUAUCAAUAUAAUUUGAAGAGGGUUUUUAGUAAUACUAUUAAGUUACUCAUCCCUUGGAUGAAUGAAAAGAAUAAUUACAGUGGAUAUACUUAUGAGAAGCUACUUAUUAAAGGUUAAGUUUGGAGAAUUGUCUUUUUGCUAAAUAUGGCUUUAAAAACUUUAAUGAAGAGAAUGAUGGCCGAAUUAGUGAGCAUGCAGAUUACCCCAUUACAAGCCAAUAAUAAAGUGAGGUAUAAUCAAGUUCGUGUACAUUAUUGUGAAGGCUGGUUUACAUUUUUGGAAUGCAAAAAAGUAAGCCCCACAAAGAAUAUUUUAAAAAUAUUGCUACAGUACAGGGAUCCUUAGAUUUAAAUUAAUAAUUUUUAAAAAAUCAGAAGAACAUAGUUUGUUGGUUAUAUAAAAAUGCUGAAACUUUUUGGGUGGUCUAAGACUUUUCAGUAGUUUGAAUUUUUCAUUUUGAUUUUAUUAAAUGGGAAGAAUACAAGCAGAAAUUAUAAAACCUUACAGGUUUAAGACACCUAUAAAUUUGUUUUAUUUCUAAGAAAAAUUAGGCCUUUGAAGCAAGUUUUUAAAGUGAUUUUUGGGAAAACUUUGGAAGACAAUAGAUAGACAUUUAAGAUCUGUAUGGAGAAUUUAAAAACUUUUCUUUGAAUUCUAAAGCCUGAUUUUGUAGAGGUGAUAUGUCACUGCUUUUCAUUUUAAAGGAUGAAAAUUUAGUGAGAUUUUAGUCUUUGAUUCAGUCAGUAUUUAUGUUAAAUUAAAAAAGUCAAUAUCAUGGAAAAGAUUUGACCAGUAAUUGUCUCUUGAAGUGAAAAACGGGGAAUAUUUUGCUGCAUUUAAAAAUAAUCUGCUUAAGAUGUAACUCUUAAAGUUAUCUGGUUUCAAGAUUAGCUGUUUUAAUUGUCAGUCUUAACUAAGUCAUCAGGUUCACUUACUAUCAGACCUUAACCUGAGACACAGUUUUGGUAUUUACCCAUAUCCAGAUUUAAUGAAUUAAAACAAACAACAUGAGUCUAUUAGGAGCACUCUUUAUCAGAGAGGUAUUUCCUGGACAAAAAAUGGGCAAUAUUUAGAACAGUUAGUCCCCUGGUUCUGGAAGCUUUGAAAUUUAUGAGAGAAUGAAGUCAUUCAUUCAGUACCUCUGAUACAGGUUUAUCCUAUACCUCAGGACAACACAGAUUAAUUAUUUCUUAUUCUUUAACAUGGCUCAGAUCUUCCCCCUCCAGAGCUGGUACAGUAAGUUAUUAUAGGUAGUAUUUUUGUGUAAUUCACCGUAUUAACAAAAAACAGUAAAAGACUGGUUUCUACAUUAAUAUUUAUUCUCAGAUGGUAUGAAAUGCUAAUUUUUGUUUUCUUGACUAAAACGACUUCUGCCUUCACUCAUUCCUUAUAAUCUGGUGUCCACAGCAUUUUCUUCCUUUAAACCAAAAGCCCAGAAGAGACCUUCUGAAACUCUAGGGCUAGGUUUUAGAAAGUCUGAACUUGUAAUCUAAAUUCCCUUUAAAAUAAACUAAUGUCCUAUUUCUGAACUACAGUGCAGAACUGUAGUUUCUGCUUAAUUAAUGAAAAAUAACGGGGCUCACUGCAGACACUACGUUGUCAUGAAAAAUACUUCACGAUGAGAGCUUACUGUCUGCUAGGGCCAUUCUGUUUAUCUAUGAGUGUACAGAUUAAAUAUAUUUGUGAUUUGUAAUAAAAACAAGUUGUGCAACACUGCCUGUGUCUGUCUGCCCAAGACAUCUGCUUCACUUUUUCAAAUGCAUGUAUUUUUGGAGAGGUGGAUUAUUCUACACAAAUACACCCUGAGUUCUGCUUUUUAGAAUCCUUAUAGAUCUAUUAUCAUCUACACUGAAAGUGUUGUACUUGCACAACUUAUUUUAAAAAAUAAAUUAAAAAAAAAGAGUAUGUAUUUCUUCAGUAGCCAUGUAUUUGAAUUGUACUCUUGAUAUAUUUGAAUGUGACUCUUGGAUAUAAGUGCACUAUUAUUCAUUUCUUACACAAUAAAACUGCACUGUAUGGCAAAUGUGUCUGUAAUGUAUGCUUUGCUAAAACCUCAGAGUGCUGUAAUGUACAGGUUUUUACAUGAUGAACCUGUCAGCAUAUAGGGGAAAUCCUGAACUUCUGUUAAGUCUGUGUAACAUUUUAAUAUUAUUUGUAAUGUUUCCUUAAGUGGUAAGUUCACUUAUGUCCUAAGACUGGAAUCAUUUAUCUUGAGUUGGCUGCUUUGUCAAGCUUGGUUUACUGAAUCAAACAAACGUGUCGAACAUGGUACUGUUAGUGUAUGAGAUUUAUGUGUCAUGUUCUCCCUCUGCCUCAGAGGACUGUUUCACAGAUGCUAGUGUUAAAUAUCUAUAGACAAUGGUAAUAAAUUGAAUACAUUCAAAUGCAGUAAAUUAAAUCUAU